AUGGACCCCGUGUUCCCUGAGAGCCUGACUUUUGUUAUAGAUUAUAAAGGUGGAGGCCAGCCUCCGUACAGCCCCAGUCCCCCACCCCAAGCCCCACGAUCCCUACAAUCAGGCACGUUGCCCUCCAGGUACAAAGAGAAUCUACCUCCCAAGUAUUUCACAAAGCACAGGCCCGGGCCCGCGGGCCGCACCUGCCUGCACAGCCUGCGGGGGACAUUCUCAAAGAAGGGGCUGGAUGACUUUAGGAGACGCUGCCCACCACACAAGGGUCUGAACACUCAGGGUCCACGGGAGGCCUUUGUCCCCCAGAUCCAUCACACAACUCCCCUAAAGAAGAGGCAGCCGCAGCCGCCCCAGGAAGCAAGCGAGCUCUCGCCAGCCCGGGCACAGAGCAGGCUCCUUGCAGAUGCCGAGGCCCAGCUGACCCCGCGCCCCGUGGCUCUCUGCCCGCAGCUGGGGGAAGACGGGCCUGCUGAGCUCUUAUCAAAGGUGCUGGAAGUGCUGGAUCCUGACAAGAGACUGGAGGACACAUGGGCUUAUUGUCAGGGCUUCAGGAAAAGAACAAAGGAACCAGCAAAGCUUUUAAAAAAACGUUCUUCCCCGGUCUACCCGGGCUGUAAUCCCAAGAAGACUUCAGUGGCACAUCCAGGUCAAUGGCUUAAUGAAGAAAAGAAGCCAAGUGAAACAGAUUUGUUCCAUGAAGAUGGUCCUCUUCUUCAUGAAAAUGGAAGUUCAAACAUCGAUGAAGAGUUCAUUCUGAAACAGUUUGACAUCGACUAUCAGAGUAAACCAAGCCAUGAUGUGCUCCACACGAGGAGACUCAACCAGGUUCCUCUGGAGCUAAAGAAGAGAGUGGGGCUAAAGAAGCUGCAGAAGCCACAGUUUUUCCAGAAACUAGACUAUGAGCAGAAACACCAGAAACCACAGAAUCCUCAUAAUGCAAAGUGUGUGAAGAUGAGGUAUGGAGCAUGGUAUCUGGACACCAAGUUAUGGAAAAAGCAAAGAGCAGAUGAACCUUUGCUUGACCCCAAGGUCUCAUGUAAAGCUCAAGAUGAGAAUUUUAAAAGGGAGCUACAGGAACAGUUUCUGAUUCAGGAGCAGAUUGUUGCCAUGUUACAAGGAUGUCAGGAUGGGCAGAAUGGAUUUGCAGAAGCAGAAUGGAUUUCAUCCACAUGUGCCACCGUGUUUAUAGUUUUAUUUGCUGCUGCCUUUGCAUGA